AUGAAAGGAGUUGUAUCUGUGUUUCCUAAUAGAAACAAUGACAUGCUUACGACAAGAUCAUGGGACUUCAUAAAUUUUCCUGAAUCGAUCAAAAGAAAAACAGAUGAGAGCAACAUCAUUGUUGCGGUAAUAGAUUCCGGAAUUUGGCCAGAGUCUAUAAGUUUUCAAAAUUCAAGAUUUAGUUUCUUUUGGCGUCCACCAAAUAAAUGGAAAGGCUCGUGUAGUAGUGGACUAACCAAUUUCACUUGUAAUAACAAAAUCAUUGGAGCAAGGUAUUACAAAAAGAAUGGUCACUUCUCUACAGAGGAUGAUCAAUCUCCAAGAGACACCAUUGGUCAUGGAACUUAUAUGGCCUCAAUAAUUGCGGGCAACAUUGAUAAAUCAGCAAGUUUUUUUGGCCUAGGUAGAGGUACAGCUCGAGGCGGUGUUCCAUCUUCGCUAAUUGCCGCAUAUAAAGUAUGUUGGUCCUCUGGUUGCGACGAUGCUGAUAUCAUUGCUGCAUUCGCUGAUGCAAUCAGCGAUGGCGUAGACAUAAUAUCAAUUUCAAUGGGAGAUGAAAAUCCUAUAAGCUAUUUUACGAAUUCUUUAUCUAUUGGGAGUUUUAAAGCAAUGAGAAACGGAAUUUUAACGAUAGUGCCAACAGGAAAUAAGGGUCCCAAACCUUCGAGUUUAUUGAAUGUUUUUCCAUGGGUACUUUCAGUCGGAGCAAGCACUAUUGAUCGAAACUUCAUUAACAAUUUACAAAUGGGUAGUGGUAUGGUUCUUAAGGGAGUUUCAAUAAAUGUGUUUGCUGCAUCUGAUUACUACCCUAUUGUGUAUGGUUCAGAUGUGCCAAAUAAAAUAAUGAAUGUUUCCAUCAACGUAUCUAGAACGUGCCAAAGAAACUCACUCGAUACUAAAUUGGUAAAGAAUAAAAUUGUCAUUUGUGACGAAUAUAAUAUAGGGACAGAAGCUCUUUCUGUUGGUGCAGCUGGUAUGGUGAUACGAGCUCGUGAAAGAAAAGAUGACUCUGAAGCGUUUGUCCUCCCCACAGCUUAUGUUAUCGGAAAUCAGAUCAACCGAAUGAGUAACUAUUAUAUGAGAUUAAGAGCGUUGAAUAUGACUCCAACUGCUGUAAUAUUCAAGACUAGAGGAGGUCUUGAUGCUUCGUCACCAUAUAUUGGAUCCUUCUCAUCUAGGGGACCGAAUCUUUUAACACCUGAAAUCCUGAAGCCGGAUUUGUGUGCGCCUGGUGUUCAUAUCUUGGCUGCAUGGACACCUUUGAAUUCUCCUACUAAGGAACAAAUUGAUAAGAGAAGGUCACCGUAUAACAUUUUAUCGGGCACUUCCAUGGCAUCUUCACAUGUUGCAGCUGCAGCAGCUUAUGUCAAAUCUUUUAAUCCAUCGUGGUCUCCGGCCGCUAUAAAAUCCGCUCUUAUUACAACGGCCUCAAAGAUGAGUGAAACAACAACUCCUGAUGCAGAAUUUGCUUACGGAGCAGGCCAAAUAAACAUUGCUAGUGCCAUAAGUCCCGGCCUUGUAUAUGAUGCGGAAAUAGAUGAUUAUGUGCGGUUCUUGUGUGGGCAAGGCUACACAAAUGAGCAAUUGUAUCUUCUUACAUGUGAACAUACUUCUUGCACUACUUAUGGGAGUACAAUUUCUUCGAAUCUUAACAUGCCUUCAUUUUCUAUCCCUGUUUCUCGUUCAACUCGAUUUAAUGUCACCAUGACUAGAAAAAUUACCAAUGUGGGAACGGAAUCAUUUACUUACGAUGCCGUGAUUUCGUCUCCGCCGUCAGUACAAAUAAGAGUGGUUCCCAACAAACUUUUAUUUUAUAAGGUUGGAACAACUGUACAAUUCACAAUGAUUGUAGAGGGAAUCCUUACUAGAGAGAAAAUGGUUUCCGCAUCUUUGUCUUGGAUAGGUCCCAAAAACACAGUGAGAAGUCCUAUUGUUGUAUUUGUUAGAGAACAACCACGAUGA